AUGUCCUCAAAAACCGAAUCUAAAAUCCCAUCAAAUAAGGCUGAAACAAGCCUUACAUUUGGUCUUGAGCUUGAAUUCAUCUUGAUUCAAAAAAGAUUAGAGGCUAUUGGCAUUCCAUCAGUACUUGAUGGCGAUGAUCAUGAAGUCACAGAAGAGGAAUAUCAAACCUGUUGGACCUUGAAAGACGACCUCACAAUUGGAGAGGGGGAAGGGGUUGACAGUAAGAAGUUGGACAAACGCUAUGUGAUAAACGGCAUGGAGAUGGCAUCUCCCCCUUAUUACUACAGCGAAGCUGCACGGAAAGAGAUCCAAAAGGUUCUGAAAACAGUAAGAAAUAAUUAUAGAGUCUGCGUUGACCAGUCUACAGGCUUACAUGUUCACGUAGGUAAUUCGUACAACGGUCUUCAAUUUCCAAAACUCCGUAACCUAAUGGCUAUUGCGUAUACUUAUGAGCUGCAAAUGUUACUGAUACUUCCUCAAGAGCGUGCUUCAGGGAACUGGUGCCCCCCUCUUUCAAAAUCUAAAUUUGGUUGGAAAAAUCCUGAUCUUACGCGCCUUGAAACUUUCGAAAAUAUCUUAGAUUACACUGACAAUCACUCACUACUCGAAGAUUUUGGUGAACACCUGGUUGCCCGUUUGGCGUUCAAUAUUGAAGGUCUCAGGACCCCUUAUGAAAGUGGCAGACGCACUAUAGAAUUUCGACACCACCAUGGCACUCUCGAUCCUGAUGCUAUUCUCAAUUGGAUACACGUGUGUAUCAAGUUCGUCGAGAAAGCAUGUUUUGCCAACGAUGAUGAACUCUUCAAGCAACUACGACAAGAUGUCUCGAAACCAAUCGGAUUUGGCGAUGGGGAGCUCAGUACUGUCGAUUUUCUCAUGUGGCUCGGCUGUCCAUCUCAAGCGUAUUACUAUGGUAUCGGUAUGGUAUCGAACAAAGAUGCGAUUGUGGAGAGGAUUAAACAAGAUAAAAUAGAACAUGAAAGACAUCUCGAACAAGCUCGCACCUACCUCGAGAGAGAAUGCCAACAAGAGGAAGAGGACCUCGAGAGAAAACGCCGACAAGAGGAAGAGGAAGGAGAAGAGGAAGAGGAAGAAGAAGAGGAAGGGGAAGACUCGGAGGAAGAGGAGUCCUCGUCAUCAGAAGCUUCUUCAGCCUGA